CAGCCGGGGUCAACCAAACACCUUAUUUAAUCCUCCUCCAGGCCCUUCGAACCUUCCCCUCUUCCUGUUCCUCUCUUCCUCUCUCUCAUCCUUUAUAAGCCUCCAUACCAAUCCCAAACAAACUUGCAUUUGAUUUUCUCCAACAUAUAUACUACAACUCUCUAGCUCUCUUGUAUGCACCAGCCAUGGAAGUCGACUUGGACUGCCCGUUGCCUAUAGCCGACUACGGCGACCUCGACUUCAGCUUCACCUCCUGCACAACCGACCGCACCUACGUCUCCUCCUCCAGCGCCCGCACCAGCUUGGCCCGCAGCAGCCUCACUCUCAGCUUCAACGAUCGCGACUCACGCCUAUCCUCCGCCACCGUAACAACCACCAACGUCCCCACAGUCCUCCACCACCGCAAAUGGGACCCGCAUUGGACGGCGAUAAAAGCGGCCACCAACCUGUCAUCCGACAAGGCACUCCACAUCCGACACCUCAAGCUCCUCCGCCGCCUCGGCUCCGGCAACCUCGGACGCGUCUUCCUCUGCCGCCUCCGCGACUACAACCCCGACGACUCCUUGUUCGCCCUCAAAGUCGUUGACCAUGCGGCCAUCUCGCCGAAGAAGCAGGCCCACGUGGAGACCGAGGCCCAGAUCCUCGCCAUGCUCGACCACCCUUUCCUCCCUACGCUCUACGCCCGCAUCGACGUCUCCCACUACACGUGUCUCCUCAUCGACUACUGCCCCAACGGCGACCUCCAAACCCUCCUCAUGAAACAGCCCCAGCACCGCCUCCCGGUCCGGACCGCCCGCUUCUUCGCCGCCGAGGUCCUCGCCUCGCUCGAGUACCUCCACGCGCUCGGGAUCGUCUACCGCGACCUCAAACCCGAGAACGUCCUCCUCCGAGAGGACGGCCACAUCAUGCUCUCCGACUUCGACCUCUGCUUCAAGUCCGACGUCGUUCCGACCUUCGAGCGCCGCCGCGUCGUGAAGCUCCGGCCCGCCAGGAAAACAAGGAGAUCCGCCAACUGCUUCGGAUCGAGCGAGCGAGAGCCGAAGGAGGAGGAGGAGGAAAUGGAGGCGGAGUUCGUGGCGGAGCCAACGACGGCGUUUUCGAUGUCGUGCGUGGGCACCCACGAGUAUUUGGCGCCCGAACUCGUCGGCGGUUACGGUCACGGUAACGGCGUCGAUUGGUGGGCGUUCGGGAUUUUCAUCUUCGAACUGCUGUACGGGACGACGCCGUUUAAGGGCGGGAGUAAGGAGAGCACGCUGCGGAAUAUAGCGCUGGCCGACGGCGUUAGGUUCCACGUGGCGGAGGGAGAGGAGGAGGGGAUGAAGGAGGCGAGGGAUUUGAUACAGGGACUGCUGGCGAGGGACCCGAAGAAAAGGAUAGGGUGCGCCAAGGGGGCUACUGAGAUUAAACGGCACCCGUUUUUUCAUGGGAUUAAUUGGGCCUUGCUCAAGAGUUACAGGCCGCCGGAUGUGUAUGGGGUUAAAAAGAAGCCCAGUAAGACUAUUGUCGUCCCGGCUGGGGUUUCGCUUUCAGCCCAUAAGAGGCGGCGGUGGUGGUGGAAGGGACUUGGUCAGCUGGUGAAGACUAGAAGUAACAAGAAGAACAACCAGAGUAACAGUAAUUACUAUCAUUACGUCAGUGAUAAAAUGGUCAGGAAAAGUUGAUCACAUUUGUGUUGAUCUUUUUGGUGGGAAAAAGCUAGGUUUGUUGUGGUUAGAGAUGAAGAUUUGAGUGAAUAUAAAGAAAGGUAGUGAAGCAGUUCUAGAUCCCAGGGGUGAUCAUCUUUGUGGAUGUUAGGAUAUAUGUGAAUCAAGUUAUACACAGUGAGAUUGACGUUUAAAGAAUUUGGUUAUUGAUUU